AUGCCACUCAAAAUUUUGAGAAUAAAAUUUUUUAUUUUAAGUUUUUUGGAAUUACUUUUACAGAAGUCCGCUCUUGUUUUUUAUUAUUUUUGCUCGAUCUUUAGUGCCGAUUCGCUACAAUAUAACAAUGCUAGCAAUCAAGUUGUAAUUGGUUGUUCACCAGAUUAUACUGGAGAAGUUAUAAUCCGCCAACAAGUUACAGAAAUAAAAAGUGGAAGUUCAGACAAUUAUGCAUUUAAGAAUUGUAAAGAUACAAUAAACUUAAAACAGGUUAUACUUCCUCCAAAUCUCGAGAAUAUUGGAAGGUCUUGCUUUUCUUACGAUCAAAAACUAUCAUCAAUAAACGUACCAGAUUCUGUGAAGUACAUAAAUGAUUUUGCGUUUAACUGUAGUGGAUUAACAAUAAUAAAUAUUUCAUCGAAUUCAAACUUACUUAAAUUAAAUAAUGAUUGCUUUAGAAGCACAAAACUUUCUUCAAUUUUCAUUCCAAAAAAUGUAGAAUCAAUUUCUUCCACAACAUUUUAUGGUUGCAAAUAUUUAGAAAAUAUAACCAUUGAUCAAGAAAAUGCAAAUUUUAAAAGUGAUACUAUAUCUCUUUAUAAAGGAUCAGAUAAUUCAACACUAAUUAAAGUUGUUGAAACAUAUCAAGGUGAAUAUACUGUUGCUUGUUAUGUUACAACUAUUUUAAAAAUGUGCUUUUCUUAUUGUACAAAAAUUUCAUCAAUUCAAAUUCAUGAUGAUGUGAAUAUGAUUGGAGAGAGUGCAUUUUCUUAUUGUGAAUCAUUGACAAGUAUUAUAAUUCCAAGAAGCAUAAAUAGAAUUGAAUAUGGUACAUUUCAAUAUUGUUCAUCUUUAACAAGUAUAAUAAUUCCUCAAAAUGUAAAUAAUGUUUUAAAUAAUGCAUUUUUUUAUUGUACAAAUUUGACAAAUAUUACAUAUCUCGGAAAGAUAACUGAAAUUAUGUAUUCUACAUUUCAAUAUUGCUUAUCAUUAACAAAUAUUACAUUUCCAGCUGAAAUAACAACUAUUGAAAAUUAUGCGUUUGACUCAUGCCAAUCGUUAACAAGUAUUUCAAUUCCAGAUAGUGUCGAGAAAAUUGGAGACGGUGUAUUUAAUUCAUGCACAUCAUUAAUAAGUAUAACAAUUCUAGGGUAUGUAAGUUAUAUUGGAGAUAAAGCAUUUGGAAAUUGUGAGUCUCUAACAAGUAUUACAUUCCAAAACAAUAUAACUUCAAUCAGAAUUUCAUCCACUGCUUUUUCCGAUAUUCCAAAUCAAAUGAAUAUUUAUAUUAAAGGCAGAUUUAAUGUUUAUCAAGGUCCAAAAAAUGCAUUUCGAAAAAGAAGUAAUUUAUAUAUUACAAGUGAAACAAUUUUAAGAAAAUCAUGUAAAGACUUUUUCGGAGAAGAGUCUGUUUAUGUUCAUUUUGAAGGUUCAACUCAAAUUACAGAUACAGAAACUAUUGAUGUCAUUAAAUACAUUUCUAUACCAAUACCAACUCAAGAUAUUCUAAUUAAAACCUACAUAAUACGCAAGCAAUUACGAAGAUAA